AUGGGACGACUAGUACUGGGAAAUAAGUCAUCACCGAUAGCCUCAAGCACAGUGCAGGCGCCGGCGCCUGCAGCUGCUCUGUUGUCUAACACAACGUCAGCAAAACCACCUGCCAACGUGUGGCAGCAGGUCCCAGUCAAAAAGCCAGCUGGCAAAACUGAACUUGGUUUGAGGAAGACACUGCUCAAUGCCAAUCUCUCGAAGAUGGGUGGCGGCAUCGUGGGGCCAAUGCAAAGCCUCAGCAUCGGCAAAGCAGCUGCUGCGCCAAGUGGUGCAUACGACCCAUCGGUAGGACCCACGCACUAUCACUCUUCAGGGAGUGUUUAUGGAGGAAGUGCAGCACCCACCGAGAACAGUCUCGGAGGAUACAAUUGCCACAUUCAAACCGACACGUGCGUGCGGACAAAUCUGAAAGUGGCAAACUUCAAAAUCGGCGAAGUUAUUGCUCUGCCGUAUCAUAUUCCGAACCUCAAUCCGAAUCACAAGAUCACGCAUGAUCGCUUAAAGCUCACAUGCGAGGGGCCCGUCUUCUCGAAACGUCGAAUGUUCGUUAUUCUUUGGAUCAAUCAGGCCGACAUGUUCUGUCUGCCGCUGUACUCCUUCGAGGGUCAAGGGAUAUCCAAGAAGCAGGGCGAUUUGAAGAAAGAUUAUAUUGAGGUGAAGAACUCCGGCGUUGCAUCGUUCAAGCAACUUGGUCUGUACGAGCCAGUAGAGAUGCAGACGUAUGAUAAAUCUCGGCCGAUGACUGACUCCACGACCAUACACCUAACAGGAGGCAUCAAAGUCGAUCCUCAGGAACAUAUCUCUAUGGUUGGUCGCUUCACUGAGGCAUCGCAUGAGGAUCUCCUCAAGUUGUAUAACAGAUUGACCAGCGAGGCACAGAGAAAGCCUUGGAAUCCAGCGCUGCGCGAUACGUGGAGAUAG